CUAUGCACCCUGUGCGUGCCCACCUGCCUGUGCGUGCCCACCUGCCUGUGCGUGCCCACCUGCCUGUGCGUGCCCACCUGCCUGUGCGUGCCCACCUGCCUGUGCGUGCCCACCUGCCUGUGCGUGCCCACCUGCCUGUGCGUGCCCACCUGCCUGUGCGUGCCCACCUGCCUGUGCGUGCCCACCUGCCUGUGCGUGCCCACCUGCCUGUGCGUGCCCACCUGCCUGUGCGUGCCCACCUGCCUGUGCGUGCCCACCUGCUUGUGCGUGCCCACCUGCCUGUGUGUGCCCACCUGCCUCGACUCGUUCCUGGUGACGGAGGGGUCAACACUAGGCAUGGUGGCGGCGGGGCUGGCGGGCGCCACGCCUUACAUGAUGAACGUCAUGCUCGACACCUCCACCGGCCAUGACUGGCGCUCCAAUGGCCGCCCCGAGUGCCAGCUCGGUGGGCCGGAGCCGUGCCUCAAGACGCACCACGGGCACGCUCAGGUGGGGUGGGCAGGGCAUGCGGGGGUGGGCAGUGAAUGCGCAGGUGUGCAUGGAAUGCUGGCGGACGCCACGCCGCACAUGAUGAACGUCAUGCUCGACACCUCCACCAACGAUGACUGGCACUCCAACGGCCGCCCCGAGUGCCAGCUCGAUGGGGCGGAGCCGUGCCUCAAGACGCACCACGGGCACGCUCAGGUGGGGUGGACAGGGCAGGGCACUCGCAGGUGGGCAGGGCACUCGCAGGUGGGCAGGGCACUCGCAGGUGGGCAGGGCAGGGCACUCGCAGGUGGGCAGGGCAUGCUUUAG